AUGUCGCGCUCCAGAUUCGUCAUGCCCUGCUGCUGCAUGCUCCUAGUUGCAGCGGUGCUUGCAUUGGCCGAUGCCUUCGUCGUGCCAUCUUCGCCACACGCAUCCUCGGCGCCCAGCCGCAUCAACAAGAUCGACAGGGCUGAGCCAACGAUUUCGAGCGAUGCAGGCGCUGUGUUCAUGUCAGUUCUGGCUGGUCUCAUCGUGGGAGUGGCCGUGCCGGCCAGCAGCUUAGCUGGCACGGGUGGAGCGAGACCGGACUUCCAGGUGGUUCGACCAGGCUUUAUGCGAGGCAUCGAUGGAGCUUCGGCUGCAACGGAACCCGGCGAGAUCGACCAUGUCACGCGCAGCAGAAUCGAGGCAUCCUAUUUCCCACAAGUACUGGAAGAGCUGAAGCAGGAGAAGGCGAAACUGGAGGCAGCACCCAGCAAGCAGGAGCGCCUCAUACAAAACAUGCAGCAGAUGCGGGAGUACGCGAAGCUGGCCGUGUUCCACACCUCUGAAGUGGCACUGGGGCAUCGCUUGAUAGACCACGAGGACGUCCAGAUCAGAUUCCCAGCCGCCGCAUCCUCCAGGCCGCAGGUUUCCAGCGCCGAACCGGGUGAGGCGAGCUACGACGGUCAGAGCGAGGUCUGUUGGAGGAUCCCCGUCCUGGACAAGAGUGAGCCAAACGGCAAUCUCGAGUUUGUGGCGAAGACGGACUCCGCUUCGCUGCUGCCAUUCACCUUCGAUGCUGUCAGGCGGGGUGCCACGAAGUGCCCGAUGGACAUCAUUGAGUGCUACCACAUGGAGAAGAAGGACGCUAUCGCAUUUGCGUGCGAGAAGGCAGCACUGGCACGUUUACUGUCACGAG